GAUGAUUGUUGUCAACAAUCCAGAUAUAGAUUUCCACCAGAGACGGAUUAGGCGAAAUACCCUACCAGAUAUAAAGCUUGAUUAUAACCUAUGGUAUAAAAGUAGGAUAGAUAACAACAAUGACGAUGAUAAUGAUAAAGUAGAAGAGUACGAAAAGCUGCCGCCAAUAUUUAAAGAGAUAAUUGAUGAAAAAUGGUUUGCGGGCACAAAACAUCAAGCUCCCGAAUCAAUAAUUAAAAAUAUGAUUGAUAUAAUGCAUAUAUGUAAUGAUUCUUCCUACGAGAACAUUUGCGAUUAUAUAGUUAAAAUACAUGAAAAUUAUGGAUAUCCUAGCGGAUUGCAGCAGUUUAUUCUUGCUGAUUUGGCAGAACAGUUGAACGUAUGUUAUUUUCAUUAAGUGAAUAUAAUAUUCUUCUUUAAUAGGACUAAUAAAAAAACUAUAAAC